AUGGCUUGUCAAAGGCAAGGUCGCCGGACUUGGACUGAGUGGAACAAUGGAGAUCUCACAGCGGUAGUAUGUGAACAAAGGCACAGGCCUAGCCUACUGUUAACGUCCGCAUAUUUUCCGUACGAUGAAGAAGAACCAACACCAACAGCCUUUCGAGCACUGACUGCAUAUGCAGGAUCACGAGGAUUAUUUCUGGUAGCUGGUUGCGAUGCAAAUGGACAUCACGAGUGCUGGGGCAGCAGUGAUACCAACAGCAGGGGCAAUAAGCCAACAUUUCGAAACAGGGUUAGGGAAGAAGUUAUUGAUAUUACGGUGGCCACUGACUCUAAAUACUUUAAGGUAGACAAUUGGAGGGUAUCAGACACGCACUACUUUUUGGAUUAUUGUUGGAUACACUUCACCAUCAAUCUAGAAGUUAAGAGUCCAAGACCAUACAGAAAUUCCAAAAAUGCCGACUGGUCAAACUUUUCGAAACUUGUGAGCCAAAAGCUAAUUCGGACAAACGUCAAAAUUGGUCAAGGGAACGCAAACAUUGAUAAAGCGGUCGAUCGCAUUACGGGUAUCUUGAAUAAAUCUUUUGAAUCAGCUUGCCCCCUAACUAGGUCAAAAACUAAGCCUCAACCGGCUUGGUGGAGUGCGGAAUUGAGGCUGCUGAAAACUACAUCCAGAAACCUCUUCAACAAGGCAAAAAGUAGCCAGCAAGAAGAGGAUUGCAACUUUUAUAAAGUCAGUUUUAAUAUGUAUGGUAUAAAAGCAGAAUUAAAACUGCAAAGAGAAAUUCCUGGCAACAGUUCUGCGGAACUAUUGAGACUCAAUCGAACAACUACACGUCCACUAGCAUUGCGUGAAACAGUGUUACAAAAUUCAGCUUCGCAAUUAGAUUUUUCAUCAGUCAGCUUAGGUGCUUAG